AUUUUCUGCGCCUCGGCCACAGCAACAGCAACGGGGCGGACUUCUCCCGCAAGAAGCUUUGCAUUCCAAAUACCAGGGUAAAGAGAAAGCCGACGCAGAAGAAUUAAUCAUCGUCGAAGAGACACAGCGUCCUUUCUUAUCACCACCAUCGUCCAACCACCACUCAUCACUUACCGCUCCUCCAUCCUCUCCCCUUUCCUCCUCGCCCGCCUUCCAACAUGAUCGCCGCCUCGGUCGUAUCGCGUUCGGCCAGGCGCAUCGCCCUCCCGACACAAGGCCUCACCUCUACCCCCACCGCCAACCUCUCCCGCUCCCUCUUCCUCUCCGCUAGGAGGAGAGCAGCUGUAGCACCAGUAGCACCAGCAGCAGCCACCCCGAGCGAAAUCAGCGCAGGCGCUACAGCCGGCGCACAAGGUCUCGCCUCUGUUCAGAACAAUGGAGGCAGCUCGGGAAGUGGUGGUAAUGGCGGUGGGAAGCGCAAGGCUGGCUUCUUCACAAAGGUCAAGAGGGGAAUCUACGGUACUACUGUCCUGUCUCUGGCUACCUUUGCCUACUAUGUUCACGAAGCCAACAACCCACCCGAUCAGCUCCCUCAAGAUCCUAGCAAGAAGACCAUCGUAGUCCUCGGCUCAGGAUGGGCUGCCACAUCGAUGCUGGAGCACAUUGACACGACGAAUUACAAUGUCAUUGUCAUCUCCCCCGCCGACUACUUCCUCUUUACCCCACUCCUGCCCUCGGUCACUGUAGGAACUAUCAAUGGACGAUCUAUCGCUCAGCCUACCCGACAGCUGACUAGGUACAAGGCUAGGGAGGUUCAGGUGCUCGAGGCAGAGGCGACCAAGGUCGAUGCUGCCAAGAAGACAGUCACUUUCGAGGACAAGUCUGAGAUCCACGGAGCCUUGGGAACCGUUACGAUCCCUUACGACUACCUCGUCUACUCGGUCGGUUCUGCUCCUCAGACCUUCGGAAUUGAAGGUGUUGCCAAGCACGGCUGCUUCCUCAAGGAGCUGGGUGAUGCAGAGAAGAUCAGGAAUCGCCUGAUGGACUGUGUCGAGUCCGCCUGCAUCACCGGUCAGUCCGAGGAGGAGGUGGACCGACUCCUGCACACCGUCGUUGUGGGUGGUGGACCCACUGGUGUAGAGUUCGCAGCUGAGCUGAGGGACUUUGUCAAGGAUGACCUGGCCAAGUGGUACCCCGAGAUUGCCAACCGUGUAAAGGUGACUCUGGUAGAGGGACUUCCCAACAUCCUGCCCAUGUUCAGCAAGAAGCUCAUCGAGUACACUGAGCACGAGUUUGAGCAGCAGGAAAUCACUCUCCUCACCAAGCACAUGCUGAGGGAUCUGGAUGAGACACAUGUCACAGUCAAGAAGCCAGAUGGACAGGACAUGAAGAUCCCCUAUGGUGUCUUUGUCAUGGCUGCUGGUAACGGACAGAGGCCUAUCACCCGUGACCUCAUGGGUCAAUUCCCCUCGGUGCAGACUGAGCGUCGUGGUCUCUCCGUCGACGAGCACAUGCGUCUCAAGGGAGCCGAAGACGUCAUCUUUGCCCUUGGCGACUGUACCGCCACCCCCUAUGCUGCAACUGCUCAGUCUGCCGCUCAGCAGGGUAAAUGGCUGGGCAAGCGCUUCAACCAGAUGGCCCGGGUAGAUGACCUCAAGGCGCAAUUGGAGGGAGCGCAAAAGAAUGGACAGACGGAUCAGGUCAAGACACUGGAGAGGAUGGUGGAAAAGGCAGAGAGGAUCAAGCCCUUCCAUUAUUCGCACAGUGGAGCACUUGCCUACAUUGGACACGACAAGGCAAUUGCCGACCUGCCGUUUAUGAACGGAGGCGUGUCGGUGGGUGGUGUGGCUACUUAUCUCGCUUGGAGGGGUGUCUACUUUACAGUGAGUGACUAGAGAGAGAAGACAGGGUAGCGAUGGGUCUUGAGAAUCCAGCUUCACUAACUUUACUCCUCGUCCCUUGUCCCUUGGCUCUCCCUCUCCUCCGCAGAAACUCUUCUCGCUGCGCA